CUUGCCUUGACUUCUCGUCUGCGCUCUUGUCAGCGCCAUGGUCGCGCCAGCUGUUCCCGAGAUCUACGAGGAGGAGGACAUCUACGCCGCCGUCGAUGCCCGCUCCGAGUCCCUCCAGAAUCUCCGGGAAUUAGGCCCGCCGGACUUGGUUUAUCUAGUGAAACAACCUAAGACCAGCUCCCAUCGCCAGACCGGCGUUUACCACCAUGUCACUGGUGUCGACGCCUCUUCCUCCGCCAGCCUCGCCGCCUAUGUAAAUACGCUUACCUUCUCCCCGCUGGACAAAACACACAAGGUGGUUUCCGGAAUCUACUGCUGCUAUAAUGCCUUCUCCCACCUGGACAUGCGCGUCGAGGUCAAGAUCCCCGGAAGCCUGGAAAGUUACUGCAUCGAUGAACGCGGAGAUAAGCGGGUUGCGACGGAAGCCUUGUGGCUGGAGACCUUCCUAUGCGGGAUCCUGAGGGCAUACUCGUACGCGGACGAUGGUAGCGGCGAUGCGAUCAGAAAAAUCGUCGGAGUGCGUCGGUUCAAUCCGGUCACGAAUACAGAGAUGGAGCACAAGUUCCUGGAUGCUGCGGAGAGGCUUUUCUUCUUGGGGAGACAGCUCAGCUCGGACCCAGAAACACAAGUCCCGAAUACCGUCAGCAACCACCUUACGUCGGGCCUUCUGAAAUAUAUCCAAACGACCGGACGCUAUACCUCCGGAAUCAAUCUGUUUGAAAAGCUUCGCACGCGGGAUGUGGAGGUAUCGUCACUACUGGCCCGAGUCAUGAUCAUGGCGGACGAGGAAGUCCAGGCGGUGCGGUUGAUGUUCGACGCCUUGCAUGACGUCCCCAUGGACUAUUCCCUCCUGGACUGCCAGGCCGCGUUCUGUCAAACCAAAGGCGAGGGAGAGAUGGCAUUAGAGUGCGCGAAGCGGGCAGUGACCGCUGCUCCGAGUGAAUUUAGCACUUGGGCACGACUGGCGGACGUAUACGUCGGCCUCGAGCAAUGGGAUCUGGCUCUGCUGACCCUGAACUCCUGCCCCAUGUUCACGUACCAAGACAAAGACACGCCCCGCAUGCCCCAACCAUCCCGCAUUAUGCUCCCGAUCCUUGCCGAGAGCAUGCUGGACGAGAUCGACGAAGGCCAGCCCAAGCAGGGCGACCCCCACGACUACGUUCAUCCGUCCCUGCGGAGGCUCCAUGCCGCCGCCUACCAGGGAACGUUCCUCAAGGCGUACAACCUCCUCACCAAGAUCGCCGCCGCAAUCGGCUGGGACCAGCUCCUUAAGAUCCGCAGCGAAGUCUUCGUCAUGGAGGAGGAAUACCGCGUCGAACGCCAGCACUCCGUCUCGAAACCCAGAACCUCCACGUCGACAGAGCCCAAUGGCAACGGCGAAGAGCACGGCACGGACGAAGACAGCGCGAGCCACGAAGCCGCCACGAACGGCGCCAAAGAGGAACCGGAGCACUCCAUCGAGCGCCCGGAGCAAUCAAUGGCAUCGGAAGUGGUCAAGUCCGGCAAUGAAGACCCCGACCCCUCACAUUCAUCCUACGCGCAGUUCCGCAACAAGCGACUAUGUGAAAGGUGGCUCGACAACCUCUUUAUGGUUCUCUACGAGGACCUCCGAAUCUACACCAUCUGGCGCACCGAGAUGGCGCAAUACCGCCAGCAGGCGAUGGAGUACAAGAAGUCGGCGACGGAGUGGGAAAUCCUGGGCGAGCUGGCGGGCCGCCUGCACCACUUCGACGAGGGCAUUGAGGCCUACCAGAAUUGCCUGACGAUCCGCUUCUCCCCGAAAGCCAUGCGGGGUGUGCUGAGGCUUUACGAGAAGAAGAACGACACGAGAGGAAUGCUGGGCGCCUUAAUCCGUCUUAUCUCGUGGCAGUACCGGUGGUACUCGGAGUUCUCCCCGGAUCUCCUCUACCUCAUCCGCAAACUUAUUGAAGACGAAGGCGCCGUCAAAGUCCGGAGCAUCGUCCAGGCCACCAACCUCCCGCAGCCCGUCCUCGACCUCACUCACCAAUACUGCCAACUGUGUGCCACGUUCCGUAGCAGCGGCAGUGACGGUUAGAUACGAACUGCGAUCUGAAGCGAACACCCUGCUCGUUUGCGCUAGCUAGCUUUUAUUAUUAUUUCCGUCGGCGCUCCCGGGUACAUACAUACCAUGCCAGACCUAGACACAGAUCAGAUACAGAUCCCUUACGUCGAGAUGUCGAUGCUAAAUAAGCUGCCAAGCAACAAUGUUGGGGUAGGGUGGUAGAGUGAAAAUGUAGGGAUAUGGAUAUGGAUAUGAAUAUGGAUAUGAAUGGGAUGGGGACAUACCGGCCCGAUGUCGGUGGACGUCCGUCCGUGUCCGUAUUUGAUUAAUUUCUUUUAUGUUUACCCCUUAUGGAUGUCACUUUUUUUUUUCUUUCUGAUGAGAUUUUAUUAUUAUAUCUUUUACUUUUA